AGAAUGGGCCAUAGAGCUUUCUAAUGCAGGUUGAAGGCUUAGGUGCUCGUAGAAAAUGUGACAUCGUUCCACUUCUGUUGUUUGAUGAUAUCAGGUUGCUGUGUCAACCCAAAAGGAAGCUGACACUCAUAUUCCCAACUACCCAAAUCUUCGACCACACCUAGUUUGUACUCUUGACAAUAUCACCCUACAUGCGGAUCUUGAAACGGACGAGGUUUAUGCCCAGAUGGUUCUUAUUCCAUCACAAGAUCCGGACAAAGAAACGAUGCUACUGCCAGAUGCAGUUGUGCAAAAUAAGCAACCAACGGAAUACUUUUGCAAGACUUUAACUGCCAGUGAUACUAGUACGCACGGUGGUUUUUCAAUACCUCGGCGUGCUGCUGAGAAAGUCUUCCCCACUCUGGACUACAAUCAGCAGCCCCCUGCACAGGAGCUUGUUGCUUGAGAUCUUCAUGACCAGGAUUGGCACUUCCGCCACAUUUAUAGAGGCCAGCCACGCAGACAUCUUCUUACCACUGGAUGGAGCGUUUUUGUCAGUGCAAAGAGAUUACAAGCAGGCGAUGCUGUUUUGUUCAUCAGGGACGACAAGGGUCAACUCUUGUUGGGCAUAAGGCGUGCUAACAGGCUACAGACAAUGAUGCCAUCGUCAGUGCUGUCUAGUGAUAGUAUGCACAUUGGGAUCCUCGCGGCUGCAAGUCAUGCCGCCCAAACAAGUAGUCGUUUUACGAUCUUCUACAAUCCGAGGCAAAGUCCAUCAGAGUUUGUUAUUCCUUUGGCCAAAUACCAGAAGGCAGUCUACUCUACUCAAGUUACAGUCGGGAUGCGAUUUCGUAUGGUAUUUGAAACUGAAGAGUCUACUGUGCGAAGGUAUAUGGGAACAGUCACUGGCAUCGGAGAUCUGGAUCCUGUGAGAUGGCCAAACUCGCACUGGCGCUCAUUGAAGGUUGGUUGGGAUGAAUCCACUGCUGGUGAGAGGCAGCUAAGAGUCUCACUUUGGUAAAUGUAAAUGAUUUCAACAGUGAAAUGUAUUUUAUUGUCUUACAACUAGGGUUGUAUGGUUAAAGUACUUUUGAAGAAGAAAUGAUUGAGAAAAUUCUCUCUACAUUUCUUCCUUCACCUGGUGUGUUUGCACAACAAUAUUAGAAUUGGAAGUUUUUGAGUC